UUUUAAUCAUCCUAAAACGUAGACUGAAGUUUGAACGACUUCACAGUUCGCACAGUCUACUCAACUGGUCCACUCAGUUGAACGUUUGUUUCCCUAUGAAGUUGCAUCUAUCGAGAGUGAAAAAUGUCUUUUUAUCCCGAGUGUCCAAUGUUUAACCAGAAGAAGUAUCAAAACGAUGAGGCUUUUAAACAAAUGGAAGUUGCUUUAGCCGUAGAUGACCAAGAUCGCAAAGAAACCACCGAUCUGUUGAAAGAAGUCAUUGAGAAGAAACUCAUUUCAUUAAUGAAAAGGGACCAACUUUUUCAAUUAAUUUUUGAUCGAAUUGACAUCGGAGGGAGCGAUUAUAAGGGCACGAAUUAUGGUAAACCAAACGAAGUUGAACUGCAUUUGGUGCAUAAACUAGGCGAGAUUAAUUCGACGAUUGAUUCAAGUCAUUACAAAAACGGAUACGUAAAAAUCAAGCUCAAUUACAGCAAAGCCAGAGAUCCCAAUUAUUUAAAGUAUAGAGAUAUACUACCAAUAAUAACAGAUCACGAUAAUUAUUUGGAUCAAACAAAAUUCCAACAUUGGUUGGAUGGAGUAUUUUCGAUGGCUAUUGAAACCUUCUUUACUUCGAAACCUGGUCUUUCAAACCACGAAUUUGAAUACAAUGGAAUUACAUUUCAGAUGAAUCACAAAAAACCGGGGCCAAGAUUCACAAUGUCAUUUACAAGUUCGGGCCCUACAUCACGGACACUCGACGUGAAACUUGUUUCCGCCUUUGAAUUUAAUGGUGUCCAGUUGAGUUCUUCGUACGAAAGAUACAACGAUGAUAGACUACCGUUCAGAGUGACUCUUAAACCUUUCGACGGUUGUGGAUCGAACAGCGAUCUACAUUGGCGUUUAUCCUUUCUCGAAAAUGAGAAAGACAUGCUAAGAGACGAAUUAAAGCCAGUGAUAAAGUUGAUUAAGAAAUUGCGAGAUGUACACGAUCUCAAGAGAUUCACAGGUUAUCAAAUAGAGACAAUUUUCUACCACGAAAUGUUCAAGUAUAGAAGUUAUUUGCCUCAAUUUUUGGGAGCAUCAAAAACAUUUCUGUUUAUACACGGACUAAAAGAAUUGUUAGCUGCUUUGGAAAAAGGCUAUCUGGCUUCUUUCUGGAAUUCGAAUUACAGAUUGAUUGACAGCUUCGAUAUGGUUUACUAUGAUCAAGGCAGACGUCUGCGUAAAAUUCUCUAUGAACUCGAUAGUAACAUCGAAGGAGAUCCAGUCUACAGUCUAUUAUGCUCAGUGGAGUAUUAUUCUUGGACGUCAAAUUCUCAUUGGUGGAAUCGAUAGUAAAUUCGAAGAAGAUCCAGACAGACCAUUAAAUAUGUUUUAAUUUUUAUGAAAAAGUAUCGUUACGCAUAAUCGGAUGAUAGUGGCUUUCAGAAUCGAAUGACGAUAUUAUAUUUUAACUAUU